AUGUGUAGCUACAGGAAGACAGCCAAAGAAUUAAUCUGCAUCGUCCUUCUCGCCUGCCUCUCUCGCCGUGGUGUUACCAGUCAACUGAGAGGACCGGAUUCAGCAGCUGUAGUUAUCGGUGGUCAGUUCGUCAUGAAGUGCAACAUCACAAUUCCUCCCGCCGGCCCAUCACCAUCUUCAUCACUGCAUCACGUAAGAGGGAACUUUCAUUGGAGCUGGACAUUCAAUGGGAUGGUCAUUGUGCACGGGCCUGGCUGUCAGUUGAGUAGCUUCGAGCUGGGAAGCAAAUACCAAACCUUAUCAGACAGCCCCUACUCAUGUGACGUUAUCAUUAGCAAGAUUGCCUUCAAUGACGCCGGGAAAUAUGAAUGUUCGGUUGAUGCAUCAGAAGGAGCCAGAGUUAUAUUUCAUUUGGUUGUGCUCGACAGACGAGUCGACUGUUCAACUUCACACGAUGCUGACUCAGUUGUGAACAUGAAAGACCUUGUCAACUUCAAAUGUUCACUCAGAUUCAACGAUACGACCCACGCCAAUGCUCCGCGCCUCGUUUGGAGUCGACCGUCGUUUGACGUCUCCAGAUAUCAAUUCGGACGCGAAAAUGACAACAGCUCCCACAACAGCCACCAUAACAACGAAAGCCACCAACACAACGACCACAACAGUCACAGACACAACGAUCACAACAGCCACAAAAACCACAACAGCCGCAGCAACCACAAGAGCUACAUCACGACCAAGAGCGAGGACGGUGACCAAGAAGACAUUGUCGAGUCGAUGACAAUCCAGAAAUCGGAAACUGAAAGUAUGUCAGAGUUGACGAACACAGUGGAACAGCUGGUGGACUACAAGAAGGUUCCGAUCUUUAAAUCCUUCAGAUGUAGGGCUGCCAUGUUGACCUUGGCAGUGGCCAUGCCCUUCAACUUUUCAUGCUACACCGCUGCCAAACAUCUGCUCUACCCACCUGAAAACGUAACGAUAGUAGCACCCAACAGCCACUACGUCCGCCCAAACGACCAGAUCGCCUGUGUGGCUGUUUGCAAUCCAAGCUGCUCGUACCAGUGGUACUACAAUAAUUAUACUCUUCUGGGUAGGGGGCAAACUUUGCAAGUUGAAAAUUCUGGCAGCUAUAGUUGCCUGGCAGUCAACAUGAUCGAAGGAAAGUAUUCCACCUCUAUGGCUCACACGCACAUCUAUAUAGGUAGGGUAGACGACAGCAUGCCAGUCUUGAAAAUCGUCCUCAUAACGGUCCUCGUCACAUUCCUGGCAAUCCUGACCGUUUACGUCACCGUGUUUUGCACUACGGCCGAUAUGAAAGCCGGAUUCUAUAUUUGA